AUGGUCAAUGUAAUCAAUAUAUUAAGUGUAAACUAUAUAGUUGGCUUUAUAGAUGCACUCCUUUUUAUGUGGGCUCUUGUACAGACUAUUCGUCUCAGAUUACAUGUAAGCAAAAAUGGAGAAAGAAAGAAUCUACAACCAAAAACAUUCUUUCAUUUUAUUAUUGCUAUUGCAAUGUUGGUUCGAAGUGUAUUCUUUUUUUCAUUGGAUUCAAUACAAUCAUAUUAUGAUUUAAUUUUAACAUGGUAUACAGUGUCAUCAUUGAUGUUGUUUUUGGCGUAUGGAUGUUUACUACUCUUUUGGAUGGAAUUGUAUAGUCGGUUUACGAGACCCUAUAUGCGAUCGAUGGAUUUCUGGCGCAAGUAUAAACACGGUCUGUGGGCAUUUGGCCUGAGUCUGGUGGUUGCACUGAUUGUUUGGAUUUUGGUGUUGGUGUUGUGGGCCGACUCGACCGACCGACACGUUCGAAUGAACCAGAUAUGCGAGUCUGUAUUGUCGACGUUGUUUUUGUUGGCCGGACUUGGUUUCCUCCUCUUUGGCAUACUCUUUUAUCGAUCGUUCAGAAAGGUCACUGGUCUUGCAACCAGCGCAUCGUCUCGCACGACCACAUCGGCGUUGAUUGCCAACUCGCGUGGCCCACCUCCCGAAGCUAUACGUGCAGCUAUCGUUGGAUGUGUGUGUACCAUUUGUUUUGGCGUUCGCGCAGUUGUCACACUGUACGGUAUCAAGUUGUCAUUCAACGAUCCCCAGCAAGCGGGUACUUCAACAUUUGAUUGGUGUUGGGAAUUUGAGCUCGUCUAUUUUAUCGUCACUGAAAUCCUCCCUUCCAUCCUCAUGAUGUUUAGAUUGCGCAAGAUGAAGACUGGCGGUGGUGGCGGCGGCGCCAACGCUCGAUCCCAUAUGGCAGGUGGCUACAAUGGCCAGACACCACCCAUGACCAUCAACGGCGAGAGCGGCGCAUCCUCCUCGGCCUUUAUCAUCCACAAUGAAAAUGGUACAGCCAACCAAUCCAUCUUCCUUCCGCCCCCCUCACUCCCUCAAUACCACUAUAUCCCCUCAUCGCUCCCAAAAGCAUACUUUGUAAAUAAUAGUACCAAUUCCUCAUCUUCCAACUCUCCCUAUUAA